UUCGGCGUACACUAGCUCUCAGACUCUCUCGCCACAUACGCUUACAACAGUCCGGACUAUCCGCCUCGUCGCCAAAAUCUUCACGCUUGAACUCGUCCCUCGCUGAUCACACCUAUGGCCGGCUACUUCUCCAACCACUCACAAUCUCGCUUCCUCGCCAACUCUAACAAUGGCACAACGGCGACCCAGACGUCGGAAGCGCAGGCACAGAAUCCCCCCACCACGCCAGGGCGUGUACGCGCCCCGUCCUCCCGUCACUUCUCGACGUCACUCUCCGGCUCGGGAGAUGAAAAACCUUCUGUGAAGGAGAAGAGUUCAGGCACGGGAGGUCCGAACGGUACCGCGAGCGUACACCCUCUGCGCAAUACAUGGGUCUUUUGGUUUCGCCAGCAGCGAGCUCCAGGUAACAAAAUAACGAACUACGAGGAGGGCAUCAAGAAGGUAUCCUCGUUCAGUUCGGUCGAGUCGUUCUGGUCAUUAUGGACGCACAUAAACCCUCCCUCGAGUCUGCUCCCGACAACAGACUAUUUGCUCUUCCACUCAGGCAUUCGCCGACCUGUGUGGGAGGACCCACUUAAUCUCUCGGGGGGCAAGUGGAUCAUACGUCUCCGCAAGGGUGUGGCCGACCGACUAUGGGAGGACCUCGUGCUCGCUAUCAUUGGCGAUCAGUUCGCGGAAUGUGAGCCAGCGAUGGCACCUGAGGAGCGGGAUGAGAAUGGUCAGGAGCAGUGGCCUGAAAUUUGCGGGUGCACGAUAAGUGUGCGCCAGAAUGAGGAUAUUAUUUCGAUAUGGAACCGCUAUGAGUCGGAUGCGAAGGUCAAGGAGAGGAUCAAUCAAACGAUUCGAAGAGCCCUCAACCUUCCACCAUCCACAAACAUGGAGUACAAGUCUAACAAUGAUUCAAUGCAAGAUAAGUCAAGUUUCCGCGUCCCUGCGGCUGCCGACCGGACGCCACUGUCAUGAUUUGCGAGCAUCUCUUUAUACUGUCUCAAUAGCAUGAACAUGAGCCUGCAAGGCCUCUUGGUGUAGCCUGGAAAAUGUCUUAACUCAUGUAGCUUUACUGUACGGGUUGUGAUCUAAGCUCUAGGUCACGCACCCCUUCUCAGUCUUGAGAACCUCCCGUGGCUCCCUCUCUUCUUCGUAUGUGA